UCACACGGGCGGUGAGGGGGCGGGGCCGAGCCGCCCCCAAAGUGUUCAGUCCUGGUGUCCUAACACUAAACUCUGUUGGGGAUAGCUGCGGGAAGUCCCAGAAUGGACUCACCCACCUGGGCUGGCGAUCCCGUCAAUUUGGGUGGUCUCAUGUCGCAAAACGGAGAUGAUCCUGAGCAGCGCCAGCAGGCGUCAGAGGCGGACGCCAUGGCAGCGACCUUCCGGGCGAGCGGUGAAUCCACACUAUGACAGCACCUUCCUGUUUGACAAUGACUUCCCAGCUCUGCAGCCCGAUGCUCCGGAUCCAGGACCCAGUGACCAUCCUCUUUUUCGAGCAGAGGCGGCCAGAGGAGUUUGUAAGGUCAUGUGCUUCCAUCCCUGGUCGGAUGUGACACUGCCACUCAUGUCAGUCCCUGAGAUCCGAGCUGUCAUCGAUGCCUGGGCUUCAGUCACCGAGGAUCUGGGUGCCCAGUAUCCUUGGGUGCAGAUCUUUGAAAACAAAGGAGCCAUGAUGGGCUGUUCUAACCCCCACCCCCACUGCCAGGUUUGGGCCAGCAGUUUCCUGCCAGAUAUUGCCCAGCGUGAAGUGCGAUCCCAGCAGAACUAUCACAGCCAGCAUGGAGAACCUCUGUUACUGGAAUAUGGCCGCCAAGAACUCCUCAGGAAGGAACGUCUGGUCUUAUCUAGUGAGCACUGGCUAGUCCUGGUUCCCUUCUGGGCAGUGUGGGCUUUCCAGACACUACUGCUGCCCCGCCGGCAUGUACGUCGGCUACCUGAGCUGACCCCUGCUGAACGUGAUGAUCUAGCCUCCAUCAUGAAGAAGCUAUUGACCAAGUAUGACAACCUAUUUGAGACAUCUUUUCCCUACUCCAUGGGCUGGCAUGGGGCUCCCACGGGAUUAAAGACUGGAGCCGCCUAUGACCACUGGCAGCUACAUGCUCAUUACUAUCCCCCACUCCUGCGCUCUGCUACUGUCCGGAAAUUCAUGGUUGGCUAUGAAAUGCUUGCCCAUGGGCACCGGGACCUCACUCCUGAACAGGCUGCAGAGAGACUAAGGGCGCUUCCUGAGGUACAUUAUUGCCUGGCAAAGAAAGACAAGGAAACAGCAGCUGUUGCUUGACCGUGAUGAUAGCAGAGCUUUGAAUCUUUUUGCCUGAGAGAACUGGGACCUGGAAUUUGGGCUGGUGUGACAUCAAUAAAACUGCAUCUCAAAUUUUAA